AUUGUAUGACUAGAGUGAUUGGGACAUCAAAUGGGACAAUCUUUGCUGGGAGGAGGAAGAACAGUGACAGUGGAGAAUGAAGUUGAAAAUAUUUUGGGAUUUAGUAGCAUGGCAGAGCCCGAGAGGUGGGUUUUGAGGUCUACAUACUUCAGGUAUUUUCGGAGAGGACAGACUGAGAAGCCAUCGGAGGGGGAUUUCCUUGUGAUGAGAACAAAGAAGGUGAAACUGGCAGAGCAUGAUAAGUUGUUGAAGAAGUUUAGGCAUAAGGAGGCAUUGGUAUCGGCAUUGGGCGGGAAGAAUCCGGAGAAUGUGGUUGCAGUUAGGAAGGAAUUGGUAGCGUGGAAGAAGUUAAAGAAAUGUGUUUGGAAUUUGCAUUCUGAGGGGCUUGGUUUGCUGUUGAAGUUCUUGCAAAAGCACACGACAAUGCCGAGGUACCCUAGUUUGUUAAUGGGGUUGAUAGAGGAGGUUGUUGAGAUGAUGAGGGCAGACAAUAUUAGAACUUCUGAUGCCUUUAAGGGACAAAUAAGAAACCUAAAAUGGUCGGUUAAUGAAGAAUUAAGGAUACGACAAUCACUACAAGAGAUACGGGGAAUAAUCGCUCCGUUGCUACAAAUCCCUGGGAAGAGAUAAAUUUGUUACCUGCUUCAGAGAUUUGUUAUUUAUAUUUCUAUUCAAACUUUGUUUUGUCUGAUAUUUGCUUUUGAGAAUUCUUCUUCAUGAGCGAAGCUCUACAGUUU